UUGGAGGGAAAUUCGUGGUUGUGUGUGUGUGUGUGUCGUGUAGGUAAUUGUGACAGUGUGUGUAUAGAGAAGAAACGCGGUUUUGACGCAAAGAAGUUUUUCAGCGGGGAAAAACCAUGCCGGAAAACAAUAAAUGGGACCUCAUGCUGGCCCUCUUCAUCGACAAGAAAGACAUCUUCAAGCGGGAGAUCCUUGUUUACCAGAGUGAGCUCAUCACGGUCCAGCAACUCUACCAGAUUCCCGUUGUGCGACAAUUGUUCUCGCGAUGGAUCCAAUCGUUGGCGUGACGAAUAAGCGGAAUGAGGAUCAGAGCAAAAUGUUCCGGGAGCGCGGGAAUGAGCUGUACAAGAGUAAACCACCCAAGUACAAGGAGGCAAUUGAAUUCUACACAAAAGCCAUCUACCAUGCACCCAGCAACAGUGUUGAGUUGGCCCUGGCACAUGCCAAUCGUGCUGUGGCUCUCAUGGCUGUUAAAUACUUUCAGGAGGCCUAUGAUGAUUGUGAGAUGGCAGUAAAGUUCUCCUAUCCGAAGGAAAAUAUCCUCAAGGUGCUGUUCCGGCUUGCGGCAUGCUCAGCUGAGCUACGUGAUCGGAAUCUCCUGCAGAAGGACAUCAAGUCCAUUGAGAAUGAACUGAAGAAUCACAAAAAUCACAAUCCGCACAUCAAGAAAUUGAUGGAGUACAAAAGUAAAUUGCAGGAUCUGAAGAAUUUCGUGGAGGAAUUCAAGCAGCAGCACAAACAGCCAUCGAAGAAUGUUGUUGAGAAGUACACGAAAGAGCAGGGACGCUUUGUGACGGCUGGGGAGAAGAUAAAGAGGGACGAUGCGAUCAUGAGUGAGAGAGCUUUUGCCUUUGUGCCUGUCUAUGAGAACUUCCCGGACGACACGAUCGACACAGACUGCCAGAAUUGUGCCAAAGUCAACAUCAUCUCCUUCCCGUGCUAUGAAUGCUACCGCGCCACCUAUUGCUCCACAAAAUGCCGCAAGGAGCACGAGGCGAUUCACGCGUUGGAGUGCCAUGGCUACAAAAGGGAUCUCUGGUACUACAUUGGUAUUGCCCACCUCUCCGUGCGCACCUUCCUCGCUGGAUUCCCGGAGCUUGUGGAACGCCUCGAGAAUGAGCCGGCAAUUGCGUCGGUGUCGGAAUUGUGGGAGAGAACACUGCAGUUGUGCAAUGAUGAGACGUUCCGCUAUGGGCGUGUGUUGCGUCUUGUGAGUAACUUCGAGAAGAUGAGCGAAUCGACGGAUUUCAUUCGCUACAGCCUCACUGCCACCAUGCUGACGGUGUACUUGCGUGAGAACACCAAGUUCUUCGAUCAACUACCGCCGGUGUGCGAGAAGAUCCUUGAGAAUCGCUACAGCUGGGAGGUGUAUGUGGGUGCCCUGAUAAUGCUGCACAUGGGGCAGUUGGUGAGCAAUGGGCAUGCCAUUACGGAUCUCCGGACGACGCUUGCGUCGGAAAUUGAUUGUUUGGACUCACCGCAUAUGAUGGUGAAAGUGGGAAAGCUCCAUUGCUACGUGCGGAGUACGCGUGUCUUUACGGCCCUCUUCCCGCGCAUCAGCAUGCUCAAUCACUCGUGCAAUCCAAAUGUGCGCAACAGCUUCGAUCGCAAUCAACUCACAAUCAGCGCCACGCGUCCCAUUGCCAAGGAGGCGGAGAUCUUCAAUUGCUACGGCCCAAGUUUCAAGCUGAUGAGCACAGCGGACCGGAGGAAGGGUCUCCGGGAGCAGUACUGCUUUGAGUGCUCGUGUGAGAAGUGCAGUCAGGUGCCAGAAGAUCGGUCCUUCCAUCAGUACUACAUUUGCGAAAAAUGCAAAAGUAAAAUCUACAUUGAUGAAUCAAAGAACUUCUGGUGGCGCAAUUUAGAGCUGAAACCCAAGAUUGAUUGCGAAGCUUGUGGGCUUCGUGUGAACUUUAGCUGGUUCAAGCUGUUUAUGUCGCAUUUGGGGGAGAUUGAGUCCGAGGGUAAGGUGAGCAAUUCCUUUGCGAAAGUUUGCGACAUUCACGCCUCCACGGAGAAGAGUAUGGGCAUCCACAAUGAGCUACGACAGGAUGUUGGAAUAAUGAUUCUCUGUCACUUUAUUCCCUUUCUCAGUUCCUACGCGUCAUUCAAUGAGAAACUAACGCAAAUCGCCACGGAACUGCUAAAGCUGCGUGAAGAGAAAUUUGGCAUUUACAGCAUAGAAUUUAUAAUUGCCAGCACAUACCUGCUUGACUUGAUGGCACUGCAGCGGAAGUUAAAUCUCAAAACAAAUACUGAUUUCAGCAUCAAUCACAUCCGCAAAUCAUUUCUCAUCCUCUCCAAGGAUACCCAGGCCAUUCUCAAUGACUACAUCAACUACAACAUUGUAAGUGGUACGAGUGAGAAGUGACUCAACAGCUAAAAGCAACACUUCCACCCUCUUUUCCCCCUCCCCCUGAAUUCCCAAUUUUUUGCAGCCCUUUUCCUCCCCCAAAACACUUUUAAUCACGAAGAAUUAUCAUUUUUGACUUUUUUUCCUUUUCCAUUUACACACACAACACGCAUAAAAAAUAAUAAAAUUAAAGUAUAAAAGAAAAUUAAAAACUUUGCAAAAAAUAAGCAAAGAAUGGAAAACAAUUAAUUUGUAUAAAAAAAAGUCAAUUUGAUUCUUUUGAUAUAAAAAAAACAAUGUGCUGAAUGUCCAUAGAA